UUGCAAAAAAAGUCCCAUCUUCAUUUACUUCACACAUCACUUUCCCAUUUCCCUCCGAAGGGCAUGGAGGCUCCAGCAAACAUCACCAUUAAAGGGAUACUGAGCUUGUUGAUGCAGAGCAUUGAUGACGACGGCACAAAGAGGAACAAGGAGAAGAGUGUGAUUUCGCUUGGAAUGGGUGACCCUUCUGCUUACUCUUGCUUCCAGGUUCCUCCUGUUGCUUCUCAAGCUGUGGCGGAAGCUCUUCAUUCUCACAAGUUCAAUGGCUACUCCCCAACUGUCGGACUCCCCCAGACUCAAAGAGCGAUCGCAAAGUACUUAUCUGGUGAUCUUCCUUACGAUCUAUCUUCGGAUGAUGUGUUUGUAACGUCCGGAUGCACGCAAGCCAUUGACGUUGCACUAGCGAUGCUGGCUCGCCCUGGUUCGAACAUACUGCUUCCCAGACCAGGCUUCCCUAUCUAUGAACUCUGUGCAGCUUUCAGGGGGAUCGAAGUUCGACAUUUUGAUCUCUUGCCACAGAACGGAUGGAAGGUUGAUCUAGCUGGAGUCGAAGCCCUUGCUGAUCACGAUACAGUGGCAAUGGUGGUGAUCAACCCUGGGAACCCUUGUGGGAAUGUCUACUCCUAUCGACAUCUGAAAGAGAUUGCUGAAACUGCUGAGAGGCUGAGGAUUCUCAUCAUUGCUGAUGAAGUGUAUGGGCAUCUUGCCUUCGGGUGUAACCCUUUCAUCCCCAUGGGAGUUUUUGGAUCAACUGUGCCUGUCCUCACACUUGGCUCUCUUUCAAAGAGGUGGAUAGUGCCAGGUUGGCGACUUGGUUGGUUCGUCACUUGUGAUCCCUCUGUCUCUUUCAGAAAACCAAAGUCGGUGGAGCGUAUCAAGAAGUACUUCGACAUAUUGGGAGGACCUUCCACAUUCAUCCAAGCAGCCGUUCCUCGUAUUCUAGAGGAAACUGGAGAGGUUUUCUUUAAGAAAACAAUCAAGGUGUUGAAGCAAACUUCAGAUAUUUGCUUCGAUAGGAUGAAGGAGAUUUCGUGCAUCACAUGCCCUCACAAGCCGGAAGGAUCCAUGGCUGUAAUGAUGAAAUUGAAUCUCUCGCUGCUGGAAGACAUCAGCGACGACAUAGAUUUCUGCUUCAAGCUGGCUAAGGAGGAAUCUGUUAUCAUUCUUCCAGGAACUGCAGUGGGAUUAAGGAACUGGCUUCGGAUAACGUUUGCUGUUGAUCCAGAGUUGCUUGAAGAGGGUUUAGCGAGGUUGAAAUCAUUCUGCAAAAGGCACACCAACCAACAGCUGGGGAGUUAAAGGAAAUUAAUCAUGUUCAUCCCCUCUAGCUAUUUCAGCAAACCAAUAAAAUAUGCAGGUAUAAUUGCAAAUGCAAAUGAAUGCCUACAAGAUAAGCAAAGUCGGCUAGAAUGACAGGCAAGAUGAACAGUCUGUGUACAGACCUCCUUGUUACAGAAUUGUUAAUAUAGGAGAAGUUCUUAUUUUUUCUCAUUUGGUUAUAGUAUAUACCUAAAAUUUGAGCAUGUAGAUCUCAAUGAAAUGAAGUUGCGAGUUCUUAUGUUAAAGAUUCCAACGCUUACCGUGGUACUUAUAGUUUGAGUGACAACCGUGAAAUAAAAUAAUUCUUGUAACAUCCUUACUCAAAUGCUAGCCAAUUGAGAUUUCGAGUGGAGAAUCCACUGAAAACAACGGAUACAAAACAAGACACCACGGCCGGCCGCCUAAAAAACUUUACACUGUCAGCAUUCUGUCUCUUCUGCCCAUUGCCCAUCAGAACCUCAGCAAAACUCCAAAAAAUGCAGAGCCAAAAGCCAAAGUGGAUUCCACAUCCACAUCCCCAAAAACGUCAAAUGCCAUCAGUCUAACCCCACUGAAAAUCGCACCAGAGUCAUAUCAUCCUCCUAUUAAAUCCCAGCGUGUAGUUGGUCUUUUCAGUUCACCAUCCCCUCAAUCCUUUCGCCAUGGAACAUCAGAACCCAGGCAACUACUCUUUUUCAUAAAGCCUCUCUCAUUUUUCUGUUCAGAAUUGUGAGUUUCUUCUGCUUGACAUCUACUCUGGUCGGUCUUCUGAGUUUUUUUGCAGAGACUGUUGCUGCUGCUGUCAAGGUCCAGAAAGGAGACGACUUUGAGGUUCAUGUGUUCUCAUCCUCGGAGUUGAUCGAGAAGCUGAAUGAGAAAUGGAGGGCAGUGAAGAGGAAACCAUACCCAGCAAUGUACUCGAGCGUCUAUGGUGGGAUCAUUCUCGAUCCGACGUUGAUGGUGAUCCCGAUUGAUGACCACAUGGUACAUCGCGGACAUGGUGUUUUCGACACAGCCAUCAUUCUCGACGGAUACCUCUAUGAGCUAGACGUACACAUAGAGAGGAUCCUAACAUCGGCAUCGAAGGCAAGGAUAUCAUCUCCAUUCACCAAGGAUAAGCUGCAUACCAUCCUGCUCCAGUUGGCAGCAGCAUCAAACUGCAAGAAAGGCACACUGAGAUACUGGCUGAGCGCAGGCCCAGGCAACUUCCUGCUGUCACCCUCUGGUUGUCCGACUUCAGCAUUCUAUGCAGUAGUGAUCGACGAGGAGUUCUCUCAGCAGAAGGAAGGUGUGAAGGUGAUCACAUCUAACAUCCCCAUGAAGCCACCUCUUUUUGCAACUGCGAAGAAUGUGAACUAUCUCCCCAAUGUGCUAUCGAUCAUGGAAGCUGAGGACAGAGGAGCCUUUGCCUCGAUUUGGGUGGAUGAGGAAGGGUACGUGGCUGAGGGUCCCAAUGUGAACGUUGCGUUCAUUACUCAGGAGAAAGAGCUGAUCCUGCCUCCAUUUGACAACAUACUCCGCGGGUGCACUGCUCUGAGGCUGCUUCAGCUGGCUCCCAAGCUGGUGGAGCAGGGGAAGCUGAAAGGGGUGAAGACAAGUAAACUCACAGUUGGAGAGGCCAAAGGUGCUCUUGAGAUGAUGUUCGUGGGGAGCACGCUACCUUUGUUGCCAAUCGUGAUGUGGGAUGAUCAGCUCAUUGGAGAUGGGAAGGUGGGAGAGUUGACAAUGGCACUUUCUGAUGUGAUAUGGGAGGACAUGGUUGCUGGGCCUACUACUCAGAGGAUUCCUGUUCCAUAUGAGCAGUAGUAUUGAGUCAAGAGAGAAUGGGUUUCCGGAAGUUUCCAAAAGGAAUGAUGUUUAUGGGCUUGAAGUUUGAGUGUCUCCUGAAUUGAACAUGGUUUUAUCGUUGCAAUCUGGAAUAAAAAUCUCAAAGCUGUGUGCUUUCUAGUUUCUGGAGUAAUUUUGUUGGAGAAUUUGAAUGAGAAAGUCAUUCCAAGACAUCAUUCCGGUCUCAUAACUUACUUACACUAUUCACCAUCUUCCGGGUUUUCAUCAAUCUGACUACUCUGAUCACUAUCAGAAGUUGAGUUGAGUGUAUCUGAGAGCUCUUCUCCUUCACCAGCUUGAGCUUCUUCCCCUUCCAUGA